CGCUGCCUCACUGGGACGUUGAGCAAGUUCCUUAACCUCUCUGAGCUUCCGCUUCAUGAUUUUGCAGGAAACAGUCCUGCAAAGAGCUUUCUCUCUGGCGGGUCCGACGGCCCGAGUCCCGCCCGCGGCGCGGAUGGAGGGUCCCGCGGCCGCACCUGCCGCCCGCACCUGCCGCCCGCACCUGCCGCCCCCGCGGCCCGGCUCCAGCAUGGCUGACCAGGCGCCCUUCGACACGGACGUCAACACCCUGACCCGCUUCGUCAUGGAGGAGGGCAGGAAGGCCCGCGGCACGGGCGAGCUGACCCAGCUGCUCAACUCGCUCUGCACAGCCGUCAAAGCCAUCUCCUCGGCGGUGCGCAAGGCCGGCAUCGCGCACCUCUAUGGCAUUGCUGGUUCUACCAACGUGACAGGUGAUCAAGUUAAGAAGCUGGACGUCCUCUCCAACGACCUGGUUAUGAACAUGUUAAAGUCAUCCUUUGCCACGUGUGUUCUCGUGUCAGAAGAAGAUAAACACGCCAUCAUAGUGGAGCCAGAGAAAAGGGGUAAAUACGUGGUCUGUUUUGAUCCCCUUGAUGGAUCUUCCAACAUCGAUUGCCUUGUGUCCAUUGGAACCAUUUUUGGCAUCUAUAGAAAGAAAUCAACGGAUGAGCCUUCCGAAAAGGAUGCUCUGCAGCCAGGCCGGAACCUGGUGGCGGCCGGCUACGCGCUGUAUGGCAGUGCCACCAUGCUGGUCCUUGCCAUGGACUCUGGGGUCAACUGCUUCAUGCUGGACCCGGCCAUCGGGGAGUUCAUUUUGGUGGACAAAGAUGUGAAGAUCAAAAAGAAAGGUAAAAUCUACAGCCUUAACGAGGGCUACGCCAAGGACUUUGACCCUGCUGUCACUGAGUACAUCCAGAGGAAGAAGUUCCCCCCAGAUAAUUCAGCCCCCUAUGGGGCCCGGUACGUGGGCUCCAUGGUGGCCGAUGUUCACCGCACUCUGGUCUACGGAGGGAUAUUUCUGUACCCCGCUAACAAGAAGAGCCCCAGUGGAAAGCCUUUGGAGAAUCGUAAAAGGGAUGCACACAGAGCUGCAAACAAUAUCACACUGUUUGGAGCGGCCAGUCUGCUCUCCAGAUGUCUGCGGCCAGACACCACCGUGGAUUUUUUAAAUGCUUUUAGAAUAGGCGAAGCUCCAUCCAACACACACAGAAUCACUCAUUAAGUCCCGUUUCCAUGCUAUAAAGAGAAGGUAAUGAUCACUUCUGCCAAAAUGUCAUUCUGUCCAGUGUGCAGGUGGUCUGUCUCGCAUGUGCAUCAGGUAACCUGUUCCUGGCACUGGCUUGAUGAACGGUGGAAUUUAACCAAAUGGUUAUAACUGUUUUGUCUCAGAUGCAACGUGGGGUGGGAGGACACUUUCACAGCCUCACAGGAAGGAAAAAUACAGUAUUUGUUCCCCUGGAAACUCCCACCAGCUCUGCACGUUUGGCUGCAGAAAAGUCUCUUUUUCAUGCAAUACUUUCUGAUA